AUGUCAAUUAAAUUCAUUAUUCUUUCUAGCUUUUUAGUAUACCGUGCAUUUGCUUGUGAUUCAAGUGAAUCAGAAGGACGUAAGUAUUAUCUGGUUUUCAGUUUUAUCAAAACAGAAAUAUAUAUUUGCAGCAUGUGAUGGUAGUACAUUAACUUGUUUAACACAAGUCUGUGAUACUGCUGCUGGUCAAUGUUGUCCUGCUACAAGUACAAGUACAACAACAGUAUCAACUACAACAGCUUAUAAUUGUACUGAUUUAUUGAAUCCAAGAACAGGAGUAUCAGAUUGUCCAGGAUUAUCAUAUCUUUGUAGUGAUUCAACAUAUUACGAUGUUAUGACUGUCCAAUGCCCAAAAACAUGUGGAAGAUGUUCAUCAUAUAAUUCAUCGUGUUCUGAUCGUGUAAAUCCAUCAACUGGUGUUUCUGAUUGUCCAAGUCGUGCAUAUUUAUGUAAUGAUUCAACAUAUUAUGAUGUUAUGACUUAUCAAUGUCCAUCAACAUGUGGAAGAUGUUCUUCCUCCAGUACUACUUCUAGUUCAACCUGUGUUGAUUUAUUGAAUCCAUCAACUGGAGUAUCUGAUUGUCCAAGUCGUGCUUAUCUUUGCACAAAUGCUGUCUAUUAUUCACUUAUGACUGUUCAAUGUCCAGUUACUUGUGGAAGAUGUUAA